UUAUAAAAUGACUAAUCAGGUUCCAGUAGUCGACCAAGAUGCAAGACGACUAAUCCACAACUAUAAUAAGAUAGUUUUCCACUAUAUAUGGGGAAAUGAAUGGUUGUCAGCAACAGUUCUGAUAAUGUUAGAGUAAUAACAAAAAAAAAAAAGUCUGGUAUCCCCCCCCCUUGAAUUAAAGAUAGGUCCACCCCCUCCGCAGCAGCAGUUAUCCCCCACACCCCCCUCGCUGUUUUGGGGAUGGUGUGGUCCAGGAAGCGCGCCUCUCUCCUCCUCCUCUCCUCUCCUCUCCUCUCUCCAGUGAAUCAGCUGACUGAAUGGUAUCUCCCUCCUCUCUGGCGGAUGGAACGCGCCGCUGAAGCCGGGCAGCCUGAGCGCUGACACAGGACGCAGGUUGCCCCACCACCGCCUCGCUUCUUCUCUCCUACAGCCUGCUGGAUGUCUCACCGACCGAGCGAGUAAAGCAUUUACCCAGAAAGAAAGAAGAGUUUCAGGCAAGGAAGCUAUACCCUCUCCCCUAUCCCCCUCCUCACCUCCUCCUUUACCAUGGCUUCCAACUUCAACGACAUAGUCAAACAGGGAUACGUGAGGAUACGGAGUAAGAAACUGGGGAUCUUCCGGAGGUGUUGGCUGGUGUUCAAGAAGGCUUCGAGUAAAGGACCCCGGCGGUUAGAGAAGUACCCGGACGAGAAGGCAGCCUACUUCAGGAGCUUCCACAAGAUCACUGAGCUCCAUAACAUCAAGAACAUUACCCGGAUGCCGCGGGAGACUAAAAAGCAUGCUGUGGCGAUCAUCUUCUGUGACGACACAUCCAAGACGUUCGCCUGUGAAUCAGAGCUGGAUGCAGAGGAGUGGUGUAAGCUGCUCUGCGUGGAGUGCCUGGGCAGCCGUCUCAACGACAUCAGCCUGGGAGAGCCAGACCUGUUAGCAGCGGGGGUGCAGCGGGAGCAGAACGAACGUUUCAACGUGUACCUGAUGCCCACGCCGAACCUGGACAUCUACGGGGAGUGCACCAUGCAGAUCACCCACGAAAACAUCUACCUGUGGGACAUUCACAACGCUCGCCUCAAACUCGUCAUGUGGCCCCUCAGCUCCCUGCGCCGAUACGGACGAGACUCCACCUGGUUCACUUUUGAGUCCGGAAGGAUGUGUGACACAGGAGAGGGUUUGUUCACGUUCCAGACGCGGGAGGGGGAGAUGAUCUACCAGCGGGUCCACUCGGCCACGCUGGCCAUCGCCCAGCAGCAUGAGAGGAUGAUGGAGGAGAUGGAGAAGAGCUCCCAGAUCCACCCCAGAGAGACGCUAACCAAGUCCAUCUCCCUGCCACGCAGCGCCUACUGGCAGCACAUCACGCGUCAGAACAGCGUGGGAGAUCUCUACAGUUACCAAGGAAGCGGCCUGACAAUGACUUUUAUCCCUCGAGCACAGACGUUCCCCAGCUUUCUGUCUGAUGAACAGGAGGAGAGUCAGGAACAGGCACCGUCGCCCUCUAGUGGCCGUGAAUCAAGUUGCAGCCUGAGACCCCUUCAAUGACAGAGAAUUGCUCCACCAAAACUGGACACUUUCCCCACCACUGUAGAGAGGAUGUAGAAAUAUGUAUAGUGACAUGUGUAAUAUAUCAUUUCCUGGUGAUACUUCAACAAUAGUGUCAACUGUAGAGCGAGUGGUACAUGAUGAAAAGGGAUCCUGAAAAGGACCCGCGUGGUGUGUGACAGCAGCAGUAGCGUCAAAGAUUGCACCAAAAAAUCCUGUAAGUGUAGUUUUGAUGUGUUUUUAUGUUGUCAUUAUGCUGUUGGAGCCAGCAGGACCCACUUUUUAAAAUCACUGCAUUACACCUUACAAGAAGUUAGAGGUACAAACGCAUCAAGGCCCACUAAAACAAUGUUAAAAAAAGCUUUUGUUCUGCAAUUGAUGAAAUCACACAUUCAACACUGUGCAGCCUCAGCAACCACUUUAAGAGAAACUAUAUCAUUUUCAACACAUAAUCCUCCCCAAAUUUACAGUACUUCGCUCCCUCUCUAGAAUGUGAAAUUGAUCAAUGCCUUACACAGAAAACAGCUGGCAGUGAUGAAUCAGCUGAAGCCCUUAAUCGGUUACAACCAACAAACAAGUCAUCCAGAAAAUGUAAUUCAACGAUAUAGGAGUGGACUCUCAUGUCAGAAAUGGUAUAAUGCAAUGCUUCUCACAGCCUCUACUUUUAAACUGCCAACCCCUACGUUACACAAAGCAGAGCAAUUUGAUUUUAAUAGCUUCCCAGCUCCUCUCCAGCGUCAUAAUAUAGACAGUAUAUCUGAUAACUGGUUCAUUAGCAAAAAAAAGGAGAGAAGUGAGAUGUUGGUGACCAGAUGGGGCGAGUUAUGCAAAGCAGAAGUACAUCACGGCAUCAUGGGACUCAGAUGUGGAUCAUUUGCGACGAAACAUCAUGUUCAUUUUUUUUGCCCUGCUGGUAUGUUAUGUUCAUAUACAAGUUCAAAUUUAGAAGAGAAUAUUAGCAUCAAUAUAUUUCACUGAGAAAAAUCUGUGCUCAGUAAAAUAUACAAAAGCAGGCAAAAGUCAUUAAAGGAAAAGUUUAACAUUUUUGGGAAAUGCACUCAUUUGCUUUUUUUGCUGAUAGUUAGACGAGAAGAUUGAUACCACUCUCUUAUCUGUAGGACAAAAUGUUAAUUAGUGCACAUUUUGGGAAAUGCACUUAUUAAUAGUUUAACAUUUUGGGAAAUGCACUUAUUUGUUUUCUUGGUGAGAGUUAGACGAGAAGAUUGAUACCACUCACUUAUGUAAGAGCGGUAUAAAUCUUCUCAUCUAACUCCUGUCAAGAAAACAAAAAAAGUGUAUUUCCCAUAGUGUCCAAAGAUACAUUAUACCGUUUUGUUUUCCAUCCAUUAGCGACAAUAUAGAAACUAGAAAACAAUUAUAUUAGCAAACAAAUCUUUUCAGUGAAUCCUUUCUGUGGCAUGUGAGUGACAUUUAUCCCUGAGUAGUACACGACUGCUGUGACGAUAAUGUUCUCUGCAUUGUCCUCCUCGAGUAAGAAGUGCCUUCCGACACAGACCGCAGAGUGUGAGACCUACAUGUAAAACCAAAGCAUCCUUCUUUGGGCUUUGAGUUUAGCUCUGUAGCCUAACUUCAACACAUUUUUGAAAAGUCUUAAGUUCCUCUUAUAUAAACUGUCGACCCAGCUGUGAAAUGCCGUGUCACACCUUAACCACUUAGCAAAACCUAACCAGAGCUCUUUUAGAAAAAGAUGAGAAAGACACUUUUUGCCUGUCGGUGGCCGUCAGCAGACACUUCAUUCAUCUCGUUAGAUAUUUGUGGUAAAAAGUGGUAGUGCUUUUUCGUUACGUUAAAGAAAGGCACGGAUCCAGAAAUUCCAGCAACAACUAUGAAAUUAAAUUCCAGUGACAAUCAGUUUGAGGCAGCAAAGCAGUCCUUUAAUGUCAAACUUAAUCACUUAUUUGAAUGUGUUUUGUUGUUAAAAGAUUCCUGUAGAACUGGAGAUACAAGCAUUUAUUUGUGUUGGAGUUUAGUCACUUUAUUUUGUAUAUUGUAUUUAAAAGAACUUCAUAUUAAUUUGAGCCUCAAACUAAGUGCCCAUCUACAUGUGUCUGCAUCACAGAGCCCAUAGCAACAGUAUGUAGAUGGACAGUUGUUGACAUAUCUGGCCACAUUUCUAGUUGUCCUGAGUCUUAGCUCAAGUGUGGUUAAUAAAUGUAUUUAUAAUUGUUCCACUACAUCUGGAGCGUUAAAGCAGUAGGGUACUAACUGGAGAAGACUGGAGAAAGUUCUAGUUGACUAUGUGUAUCAUUUGCAAAUUUGUGUUGUUUAUCGUAGCCAUUCACUUGUUUGUAGGUAUGACGUGUCAAAUUUCUGUUAUUGUUAUACAGUAUAUGAUUGUGUUUGUGUCCAUCACGUUUUGUGUUCCGUUACUGUCAGAUUAUAUGUUAAUAGCACUUUGAAUACAUUGAGUGUAGGACUACAGUUUUCACUAAAUGUACAUAUGUAAUGUUUUUGAUGAUAAAAAAAAGUAAUAAAUUGAAUGUUCUAUCAUG